AUGAGCGCUCAAAAUACAUCUGUUGAAACUGAUCAAAACCCUUCUUUGGAAGGAAAUAACUCUACGGACUCAACUAACAAGAAUCAAAUACAAGAUGAUUUGUCGCCUGACGAUUUUAGUGACUCUGAAGAGUCUUUAGCGAUGACAAUUGAAUUCCACCUCCGUUCUCUCAAGAGAACAUACGAGGAAAUCCAUAUAUUUCCCGACCCCAAAUACAUGUUCGACCUCAAGACGAAAGGGCUUACUACUCCUGAAAGAUUUGUUGCAUGGUGGAAUGAGAACCAUCCAGACUUUCUAAUCACGGUUGAUUCUAUUAAGGAUUGGACUUAUAGGGAAGAUGAAGAUCCUUCCCGCUAUAAUCUCAACUGGGGCGAGUAUGGAGAUUGA